AUGCGCCAGGUAGGAAGGUAUAGUCUUUCUCCGGUGGCCUUUAUACAUAGCAGUUCAAUCAAUUUGCGGCAGUUCUACUUAUUGUUACAAGUUCAACAAGCUUCAAGCUAAUCAGCAUGGAUAACCCAGAAAUUACGCUGCAAGAGAUAGUUCAGAGUUCAUUGUCAAAUUCAGAACCAACUAAAGGAAAAUAUGUCGUGAAAGAUGGGCACAAGGCAAGUACUAAGAGAUGGUCAGGACUAUGGACUUCAAAGAGUGCUGUAGGAAAACUGAUACUCAAGGAAAUUCUUGAUCCUGAGGGACCAAUCCUUGAAAAGUGGAAUCUGAUUUUUGUAAUAUCAUGUCUCUUUGCUGUGUUACUGGAUCCUUUGUUCCUCUACAUUCCUCUAAUAAACCAAGACAUGAAGUGCAUUGGACUAGACAAAAAGUUGAAGAUAGCAGCUGUGGUUUCUCGAUCGAUCACAGAUUGUGUUUAUAUAGUGAAAAUCAUUUUUCAUGUUUAUAAACUAGCAGAGAAAGUGACAGUACUUAAAGCUUUAUGGGAGUCAUCCAUCCUAGUUGACAUUUUAGCGGUUCUCCCUAUUCCUCAGGUGGUAAUUCUCAUUUUCUUUAGGGGCUCAAGAUCUUUGGAAGCAAUGAAGUUUACGAACUUCACUGUUCUGGUCCAAUAUGUUCCACGAGUCCUGCGCAUCUAUCUUGCAUGUAAGGAAGUCAAACAUCCUCCAAAAGGAAAGUUAGGAUUAUGGAUAAAAGGUGGACUCAAUUUCCUCAUGUACACUCUUGCUAGUCAUAUAUUUGGAGCCUUUUGGUACUUUUUCUCUAUUCAGAGAAUGCUGACAUGCUGGCAAUAUGCUUGUCGAAGUGAAGACGGAUGUAAACCUACUACUUUUGACUGUCAUAUAUAUCAUACUGAUAGAAAUAUCAGAUUUCUAAAUGAUCAAUGCCCUACAAAUCCGUCAAAUUCAACGCUCUUUGAUUUUGGCAUAUAUCUCGAUGCUCUUCAAUCCAGUAUAGUUGGAUCUAAAAAUUAUUCACAAAAGUUUUCAAAAUGUUUUUGGUGGGGUCUACGAAAUCUGAGUUCUCUUGGUUCAAACCUCCAACCCAGUAUCAAUACAUGGGAGACCCUCUUCGCGACGUUUACUUCUAUCACUGGCUUGCUGCUAUUUUUAUACCUUAUUGGAAAUCUACAGAUGUAUAUGCAGGUGGAAUCAGCAAGUAAAGAGCAACUACGAUGGAAGACAGAACUUGAAAAUAUGAUGAGAACUGAAAGGAAGAUGAGAAUUGAACGUAGUAAGGGUCCAGAGGUAGAGCAAUGGCUAGCCAAAAAUGGUCUUCCUAUGCGUUUCAUGCCCGAGAUCAUGGAAAAGGUGGUUCAAGUGGAUUUAGAACAAAACAGGGAUGUUGAUGUGGAGAAUAUCCUCUCGAUUCUUCCCUUGCAACUUCAAAGGGAUAUCUUAGUUUAUAAGGAGAAGCUGGAAGAGGAAGGUCGAAAGAUAGAGUUUUGGUUAUCUGAAAAUCGCCUCCCCAUGAGUUUAAAGUUGGAGAUCAUGGAAAAGGUGGUGCAACAGAAACUUGCAGAAAAUAGGGAUGUUCAUGUUGAUAAUUUCCUAGAUAUUCUACCAGAGGAACGUCGGAGCUAUAUUGAAAGUUAUAAACAGAAGUUUCAAGAGAAAGACUUAGAAGUCGGAUUGUGGUUAUCCAAGAAUGGCAUCCCCAUGGAUACAAAGUCACAGAUCAUGGAGAAGGUUCAAGUAGAACUUGAAGAAAACAGGGAUGUGGAAGUGAAGAAUAUCCUCUCAUUUCUUCCUUUAGAUCUCCAAAGACGUCUCGAAUGGUAUAUGCCUUUCAGUAGGCUGAAGCGGGUGACAUUGCUUGAAAAAAUGGAUGAAAGAUUGUUGAAAGAAAUUUGUGAAAAUCUUCAACCUGUAGAGUUUCCAGCCAAAUUGGUCAUUAUGCAAGAGAAUCAGCCAAUUGAAGAUGUGUACUUCAUUGUAACCGGAUCUGUAAAACGGCAUUCAAUAUAUAUGUCGCUGUUGAUGUUCCAGAACUACGAAACUGAAAUAUGUGGAGAAGAACUUCUGAUUUGGCCUUUAUCGGCUUCUUUUCCUGCCGUAUUACCUAGAGCAACCAAGACAGUUAUGGUGGGUGAAGGGUUUAGUGCCCUGCACCUUACGGCCAGUGAUCUAGAGAGUGUUGCCUCUAAAUUCAGGCCACAGUGGGAUCUCAUUACUUCUUAUUGGUUGACUAUGCUAAAGAAAGUGCCAAAGCUUCAAUGUAUGGAUGAAAAAGUGUUAAAAGAAUUCUUGCCGUAUCUUAACAAGCAGGAUCAAAUUGCAGCUAGAUCCUCCUAUGGUAUUCAGGAGAAUGUACCACUUAAAGCCAUGUACUUCAUCACGGAGGGAUCUCUAAAAUUUACAAAAAGUGAUAACGGUGAUGAGGAGUUUGAUCGUUCCGCUGGAGAAUUCUAUGGAGAAGAACUCCUAGAUUGGGUACUAGAUACGUCCUUUCCUGCCAUAACCCCCAUUUCCACUCAUUCUGCUCUUUGCCAUGAUCACAAUGCAGCUACCGUGUUGGCUAUCACUGCCAAGGACUUGAGGAGUGUAGCUUCUAAAUUCAGCUCGCAAUUCAUCCUCCUUAACACGGAGUCUCAAUUAGAUCUUUCAACUUUCGUCAACUUGACUUAUCUAAAGAAAGUGCCAAAACUUCAAGCUAUGGAUGAAGAAGUUUUGAAAGCAAUCUCUGAGCGUCUUAUAAGAAAGGUGUUUAAUUACCUGCAUAUCAUUGAAGAGGGAAAACCACUUCACAUGAUGUUAUUCGUGGUGAAGGGAAAUGCAUACCUUGAGAAGAAACAUAGCACAGAUAGAUCGACACUAAAGCCCGGACAAUUCUAUGGUGAAGAACUACUAGAUUGGCCGUCAUGGACCUCUUUCCCUGCCAUGCCCUUAUCGAAGUUCACUGUCAAAGUACACUACGGAGAAGAAGUUGAAUUUCUCGUUCUCACGGCAGACGACCUAAAAAGUGUAGUGUCUAAACUGAGGACGCAUUUCAUCUAGGCAGACGACCAUGCUCCCUAAGCAUUCUUAGUCUGCAAGUGCUGGUUUUCACCUUACUCCCUAAGCAUUCUUUUAUUCAUCUGUUGUGUGAACAGCAACUAAUAUCUUUGCACUCUUACGUUUGCAUUUUUCUUUCAUUCCAACAUUGACAUCAUCAACAGCUUCAGAAGGUGUAAACUGGCCCAUCAAACAACAUUUAAGCUGAUUCACUGCCUCUUGGAGAACCAUGCUUAUCAUCCUCUUCAAUAGGGCUUCUGUCACCCCUGCGGGGCUGGGGCUGCGGCUAUGGUCAUUAGUUUGUCGAGAGGACAAUGUUAGUUAAUUACUCAGAGGAUGUUGCAUUGUUAAUGAAGACGCACAGUUCUGACUCAGAUAUAUGAUCUAAACUUUGUCGAGAGAUAAUUAAAUUAGGACACUUAAUAUUCACACAUCUUCAUAAUUUUUGAAUUAUUGCUCAGCACGGGGAUAUCAUAU